AUGAUGCAGCACUGUGAUGAAUGCAGCUGUGCCACAGGCAACAGUGCCAUUGUGGUCACUGCAUACUAUUACACUGACCUUCCUCUCCCCAUCUCACAGUGUUUUCUUAGGAGUGAAACACAGCAGAGCAUCAAGAAUGUAUCUCUUUCUCAGGAUGUUGCUGAGAAGUGCAAGACUCUGGGCAUCACCUGCCUGCACAUCAAGAUACGUGCCACGGGCGGCAACAAGACCAAGACGCCAGGACCCGGUGGCCAGUCUGCCCUGCGAGCUCUGGCCCGUGCCGGCAUGAAGAUUGGACGUAUUGAGGAUGUGACGCCAGUGCCCUCAGACAGCACACGCAGGAAGGGUGGCCGCAGGGGCAGGCGCCUGUAAUUGUCUGGCUCUAAUUAUAGUGAUCCGUUAA